CCAUCCGGGCCACCUGUAGAAACACAGAGAGGGGCGCCCGCCUGACCACCCAUUACAUGGCAGAGGCAGAGGCCGUGUGUGACUGUGUGGCCAUCAUGGUGUCCGGGAGGCUGAGAUGUAUCGGUUCCAUCCAGCACCUGAAGAGCAAAUUUGGCAAGGAUUACCUGCUGGAGAUGAAGGUGAAGACCCUCGCCCACGCGGAGCCCCUGCACAGCGAAAUCCUGAGGCUUUUCCCCCAGGCUGCUCCGCAGGAAAGAGACAGUCCCGAACCCAAGUGCUACCACAGGAGGGAAACAAGAAAACAAAAUGCUCUUUGGAAACUGAUUUUGUAA